UGUGGAGACAAAAAAAUAAACAAAGACACAAAAAAGGGACAACAAAAUUAGUACAGGACGCGCCGUGAAUGCAGAGGCAGAUUGCAGCGAGUGAAACAAGCGAGUUGAGUUUGAGUUCAAUUCAGUUCCGAUCUCAUCCAUAAUUCAAUUUUGAUUUUUUCCCCCAAAUUUUCAAAACCCUAGCUUUCUCACUCGCGUUUUUCCCCCACUCGCGGAUCCACUUCACAUUUUUCGUACUCGCAGCUCGUCAUUUUUCACCGCUCUUUAAGGAAGUGGCCGCAGCCCGGCUACAAUUGGAUUCCUACUAGUUCAUCAAAAUGGAAUGGCAGUAGUGCAGUGAGUGGAAGUAUGGGUGACUCUGUCAAUGAAGAGCAUCACACAAGUGGUGCACUGGUUGCUUCUCCUAAGAGGGGCAUAGCUUUCUUUGAAGGGGACACGGAUUUUGAGCCACCUAAUGGCAUUGAAUUUGAAACUCAUGAAGCAGCAUAUUCAUUUUAUCAAGAGUAUGCCAAAUCUAUGGGAUUCACCACUUCCAUUAAAAACAGCAGACGAUCAAAGAAGACCAAAGAAUUUAUUGAUGCCAAAUUUGCAUGCUCUAGGUAUGGAGUAACACCUGAGUCUGAUGGUAGGAGCAGUCGAAGAUCAAGUGUAAAGAAGACAGAUUGCAAAGCUUGCAUGCACGUAAAAAGAAACCCAGAUGGGAAAUGGAACAUUUUUGAAUUUAUAAAGGAUCACAAUCAUGAACUUUUACCAGCUUUGGCAUAUCAUUUUCGGAUUCAUGGAAACGUGAAGUUGGCUGACAAGAAUAAUAUUGAUAUCUUGCAUGCUGUUAGUGAACGCACCCGAAAGAUGUAUGUUGAAAUGUCUAGACAAUCUGGUGGCUGUCAAAACAUUGGGUCAAUCAUGGGUGAUACGAGUUAUCAGUUUGACAGAGGGCAGUAUCUGGCUUUGGAUGAGGGAGAUGGGCAAGUUAUGGUGGAGUAUUUCAAGCAUAUUCAAAAGGAGGAUCCCAACUUCUUCUAUUCUAUAGAUUUAAACGAGGAACAACGUUUAAGAAAUAUAUUUUGGGUUGAUUCAAAAAGCAUUGAUGAUUAUCUCAGCUUUAAUGAUGCAGUUUCAUUUGAUACUUCCUACAUAAAAAGCAAUGAUAAGUUGCCUUUUGCUCCUUUUGUUGGAGUGAACCAUCACUCCCAACCUAUAUUGCUUGGAUGUGCAUUGGUUGCUGAUGAGACUAAGCCAACUUUUGUUUGGUUACUGAAGACAUGGCUUAGAGCGAUGGGAGGGCAAGCUCCCAAAGUUAUAGUCACUGAUCAAGACAAAGCCUUGAAGGAAGCAAUUGAAGAAGUCUUCCCAAGUGUACGUCAUUGCUUUUCUCUUUCGCACAUAAUGGAAAAGAUACCUGAAAAUCUGUCUUUUGUGAUCAAACAGUAUAAGAACUUCUUGCCAAAGUUUAAGAAUUGCAUUUUUAAGUCUUGGACAGAUGAACAGUUUGACAUGAGAUGGUGGGAAAUAGUGACUAUAUUUGAACUCCAUGAUGAUGUUUGGUUUCACUCAUUGUACGAAGACCGGAAAAAGUGGGUACCGACAUACAUGGGAGAUGUCUUUUUAGCUGGAACGUCCACAGCUCAACGUUCCGAAAGUAUGAACUCUUUCUUUGACAAAUACAUUCAUAAGAAAAUCACCCUUAAAGAGUUUGUGAAACAGUAUAGGUUAAUUCUUCUGAAUAGGUAUGAUGAGGAAGAAAUUGCAGAUUUUGAUACAUUGCACAAACAGCCUGCACUUAAAUCUCCUUCACCUUGGGAAAAACAAAUGUCAACAAUUUAUACACAUGCAAUAUUUAAGAAAUUCCAAGUUGAAGUGUUGGGUGUAGCUGGAUGUCAAUCUAGGAUAGAGGUUGGAGAUGGAACUGCUGUGAGAUAUAUAGUUCAAGAUUAUGAGAAGGAUGAAGAGUUUUUGGUAACUUGGAAAGAGUUGAGCUCAGAGGUCUCUUGCUUCUGUCGAUUGUUCGAAUAUAAAGGUUUCCUUUGCAGGCAUGCAUUGAGUGUUCUCCAACGCUGCGGUUGUUCAAGUGUUCCAUCUCAUUAUAUCAUGAAGAGAUGGACCAAAGAUGCCAAAAUUAGGGAACCCGCAGCAGAUAGGACACAAAGGAUACAAACUAGGCCUCAACGUUAUAAUGAUUUGUGCAAACGGAGUAUUGCGUUGAGUGAAGAAGGAUCAUCAUCCGAAGAGAGUUAUAAUAUUGCUUUGCGCGCGCUUAUUGAUGCUUUGAAGAACUGUGUACUUGUAAAUAACUCUAACGACAAUGGUGCAGAAACUGGCAACAAUGGUUACAGUCUUCGCGAAGCAGAAGAAUAUCAGAGUACCCUUGCUUCAAAACCAAGUAAGAAGAGGAACACAACUAGGAAAAGAAAGGUGCAACGAGAGCAGAGUCCUGUGCUUGUCGAUGCUCAAGAUACCCUUCAGCAAAUGGAUAAUCUUAGCUCGGAUGCAAUUGCCCUUAAUGGAUAUUAUGGUACUCAGCAGAAUGUGCAAGGACUGCAUGUACAGUUGAACUUAAUGGAGCCACCUCAUGAUGGUUACUAUGUUAAUCAACACAGCAUGCAAGGCCUGGGUCCAUUGAAUUCUAUGGCUCCGAGCCAUGAUGGGUAUUUUGGAACACAACAAAGCAUUCAUGGGAUGGGAGGGCAAUUGGAGUAUCGUCCGACAACCACUUUUGGAUAUAGCCUUCAGGAUGAGCCUGAUCCUGAUCCACACUUUCACAGCAACAGUUCAAGAAAUACUUAGAAUUUGUCUCUUCUCUGAUAUGGUAGCUUCCUCAGAAGCUAUGUGUGAGGUGAUUGAAAAGAGAACUGAAAGAACUUGGAAAUUCAUUAUCUUCACAACAGUUCAUUUUCAUACUCAACUUCUGAAGAAGUUUCUGUAACUAUCUAUUAUGUACCAUUGAAGUUUACCUCAUGUAACCUUCCUGUAUUUUUACAUAGAAAUUGCCCAUUGAAAUCUAGGUAAAUUAUAAGAUCUACAAGAAUUCAAAAUGAACUUUGACAGGUGAGAAUUGGCUAUUGAUGAAAACAUCCAUCUGCCUUAGAUGGAGUGAACUUUUUAUAUUGAACCUGACCACAUUUUUGGUGAGAAAUCCAAUUUCAUCACUUCCGAA